AUGGAAAAGACCAAUAAAAGCAGUCCAAUAGGGUUCAUACUAUUGGGCUUCUCUGACCAGCCCCAACUGGAAAUAGUCCUUCUUUAUGUUAUCUCCAUCUUUUACUUCCUGACCCUUGUGGGGAACACAACCAUCAUUCUGAUAUCUUAUCUGGACCCUAAACUCCACAAUCCCAUGUAUUUCUUCCUCUCUAACCUUUCAUUCCUGGAUCUCUGCUUCACCACCAGUAUUAUCCCCCAGAUGCUAUGGAACUUUAGGGGUCCUGAUAAGAGCAUUACUUACAUUGGUUGUAUUACUCAGUUUUUUGUGGCUCUGGGACUAGGUUGCACAGAGUGUAUUCUCCUAACUGUCAUGGCUUAUGAUCGCUAUGUUGCCAUCUGCCAGCCCCUUCACUAUGCUAUUAUCAUGCACCCAAGGCUACUCAAACAAUUGGCAUCUGUGAGCUGGAUCAGUGGUUUUCUAGAGUCCUUGAUUCAGUCAAAACUAAUUUUUCAAUUGACUCUUUGCAGUCAUCACAUGCUGGAUGAUUUUAUGUGUGAGGAGCCAGCCUUGAUUAAAAUUGCUGCUGUGGACACCACCUUCAUAGAAACUGAGCUUUGCAUAGCCAGUAUCCUUCAUGUUAUGAUACCCCUAGGUCUUAUCCUAGUCUCUUAUGUAUGCAUAGCUAGGACCACAUUGAGGAUAAAGUCAAGUGGAGGGUGGAGAAAGGUUCUGGGAACAUGUAGUUCCCAUUUGGUGGUGGUAACUUUAUUCUUUGGAACAAUACUUGUUGCCUACAUGCAGCCCAAAAAUACCAAGAAUCGAACCAAGUUUCUCACCCUCUUCUAUACUGUGGUUACUCCUACACUUAACCCCAUGAUCUACACCUUUAGGAACAAAGAUAUGAAAAAGGCACUGACAAGGCUGCUGGGUUGA